GGGCGAUGGUUUACGGCAGCGGCGGGGCGGGGCGGGGCGGGUGGGGUGGGGUGGGGGCGCCCCGGUCGGUCGGUCGGUUAUAAACACGAUAGAGGAACACGGCCCUAACGGGUGGGCGUCGGUUUAAUGCCGGACCGAGCGGAGAAAACCGCUCCUGGUGCCUGCACCCCGCCUCACCCGGAUGCUGCUCGACCCGCUGAGUUGCUCCAGCGUGUGGUUUGCUGCUCCCGAUUCCAGUGUCUGUAGUCUCUUGUGUCUCUCUAGCAACUCCAUUGAUUUCAUUGGUGAGAAAUAAUUGUAAAGGAUCUAGAAUGGGAUAUGAUAUUGAGCGAUUUAUAGGCUAUAUAAAUGAAGGGCUGUUGUGUUGCAUCUGCCGAGAUGUGUUGGAGAAUCCAUUACAGGCUCCGUGUGAGCAUGCAUUCUGCACGUCCUGUAUUCAUGGGUGGCUCGUACAGAACCAUAAUUGCCCUGAAGACCGGCAGACCCUGGAUACAUCCAUGCUUCGGCCACUAUUCAGGUAUAUGCGAAAUGAUUUGAAUCGUCUUCAGAUGUGGUGCAGAAAUAGACAACAUGGCUGUGAAACAAUCUGUUCUUUAGAAGCUAUUGACAGACAUGAAAGAGAGUGUGAAUACAGCCAGGUUCCUUGCUUAAAUCCUGGUUGUACAGUUCAGGUCGAACGACGCAAUCUGGACUCUCACCUGGUGGUGUGUGAAUACCGAAGCCGCGAAUGCCCAAACGGUUGUGGCUAUGCUAUUCUCAGUGCAGAUGAUGCACAGCACAGCUGUAUAGCAGAAUUGAGGACAGAACUGGAAUUGCUCAGGUCUGAGAUGAUUUGUAAAGUCGAAGAAGUAAGGCACGAAAUGGAGUCACGCUUAGAUUCUCAAAGAAGACACAUGGUACAGAAGGAGAGCUUCCUGCAAAAUGAAAUCGAGGAGCUUAAAAGCCAGAUGUCACGUGUGAUGUCAGAUAUGCGGACUCUGGUAGCGGAAGAAAGGAAACAUCGCCAGGAACUGGAACAAGCAGAACUCGAGAAGCGAGAACUAAUGGAGUUGCUGAAAAGCCUGCAUAAAGAUACCAGGCUUUCCAGUGCAGAAGGAAGUAGCAAAAAAACUACUGGUGUCAGACCCCUCAACCGAAUGGAGAGUAUCAAAAGAAAACCUAAAGAGGUCACAGUUAUCUAAGAGAUCACGGAUUACAAGAUUAGUGAAAGCAGUUCCCUCAUCUUUCUGUAAAGUGGGUUAAUUUUUUUCUGUUUCACCCAAUGAGGACAGAACAUAUAAUUGAGUAGCUUCAUAAGUCAUGGCAGAACUUCUAUACUUUGCCCAAGUUGCUUUUGAUAGCAAGUUAUUCUGUAAACAGGAAUUCAAUGAUCUAUGUUUGGCCUUGGUAUGUGGCCAGGGAGUCAUUGUAAUCACUCAAGCACUGCGUUCUGUGCUGACCUUGUGUGUUCGUUUAAGGGGAAUUUGUAAAACUGUUACUUGAAAUGUCAUGUGUUCCUUGAAAGAUAAAACCAGAUAUAUUCUGUGUGAUUACUAGAUUUCAGACAUGAAAGAAGUAGCCUUCUUGUAUUUCUAUUUUGUAGACUGCAGCAGAAUGCAGCUCUUUACAUUAUAAUACAAGAAUUUAAACCACUCUCUGUAAUAUCAACCCAAA